CAAUUGAAUGUGUUCUACCACAGUGCAAAGAGUUCUCAAAAUAGCUCGAUCCCAGUGUGCUCUCCUCGUGCGCCAUUUUUGCAGCUGAGUUGAGAGAUAUAUACACACGCUAAUCAACAUGGAUGAUCAGCAACAAAACCCGCAAAUACAAAAAAAGAGUGAAGAUGGCAGACCUGAAAGUGAGCACAUCAACCUCAAAGUCUCAGGACAAGAUGGCAGCGUUGUACAUUUCAAAAUCAAGAAAAACACACCUUUGCGGAAACUGAUGGGUGCCUAUUGUAACAGAGCAGGGAUUACAACAGGAGCUGUACGGUUUCGCUUUGAUGGAAAUCCAAUAAAUGAUGAAGAUACACCAGCUUUGUUGGAGAUGGAAGAUGGGGACUCAAUAGAUGUUUUUCAACAGCAGACAGGAGGAGAUCAUAACUUGUGAAAAGAAAAUUCUGCAUUCUUUCUCCAUGUUGUGGACUGUAUAAAAGGGACAAGAGGGUGGGGCAGAAGGACGUGUGCACAAUAGCCAUGUUGGAUAUGUGAACUGCAGGAGUGGUUAAAUAUCUUGAAUUGGUGCACCUGCCUUUGAUGUAGUUAUGUGUAAACUGUGACCAUUUUUCUCACCAUUGCAUACACAUGCCUGAUCAACUUGAACCGAUCAAUUCUUCAGUACUAGCUGUGAAGGGACUUUGCUGGUGAGAUGGUUUGGCUUAAAAAUUGUCUUAGUAAAACAGAUUUCUCAAAAAUAUGUCAUUCUAGAUUAUGAAAUAAAGAUAGCAGUAUCCUACACAUCUAAACAGCGACACCCCAUCAGAUUGCGUCAUUUUCCAUAAACGGACACAUAAGCUCACCAGAAAGAAAAAAGGUUUGAAUCUAAUAACUGAAGAUGUGCAGUUGCCAACUUUAUUAAUCUUCUAGGUUACAUUUUUUUUUUUUCAUUGGAGGAGAUGGGGGUGUCCUUGUAGAAUGCCCAGUACUACUACAUUUCACCAUUUUGGCAAGGAAAAAUAUUUUGUUGAACUUCAGUAAUUCAUUUGUAUCAGUGUUUAUCAAUUGUCACUUCAUUUUCAUGACUUAAAUGUCAUUUCCAUAAUUCAUUGAAAUAAACACUUGAUCAAUUUUAA